UACAGUAUAUAAAUAGAUCCUACAGUUUGCAAGGAAACACACAACAACAAAAAAAAACAAAUUUGGUUCCUUUUUCUUCUUCAGACGAGUAAUAUCUUUUGUCUUCAUCAUGCUCUAUUCACCUAAGAAGCUGUUCUUGUUCUUCCUCUCGUGCAUUGUGCUGUAUGUCAACUCCAACAACAGUGGCUUCGUAACCGCAGCAAAUAGCAUCGGCUUGAACUACGGACUCCUCGGUGACAACCUCCCGUCUCCUUCCAAUGUUAUCAACCUUUACAAGUCCAUAGGCAUUAGUAGAAUCCGAAUCUUCGACCCGAACACUGAGGUACUCAAUGCCUUACGUGGUCACCGCGAUAUUGAAGUCACUGUUGGCGUUAAGGACCAAGACUUGGCUGCUCUUGCUGCAAGCGAAGAAGCUGUUAAGGGCUGGUUCGCGGCCAACAUCGAGUCUUACUUAGCUGACGUCAACAUCACAUUUAUUACCGUUGGUAACGAAGUCAUCCCCGGACCAAUCGGUCCUCAAGUGCUUCCCGUCAUGCAGUCUCUAACCAACCUAGUCAAGUCGAGGAAUCUUCCGAUCUCGAUAAGCACCGUGGUGGCUAUGUCGAACCUGGAGCAGUCGUAUCCACCUUCCGCGGGAAUGUUCACCUCCCAGGCGCGGGAACAACUUGUCCCCGUGUUGAAACUAUUGUCUCAAACAAGCACACCAAUCCUUGUCAACAUAUACCCUUACUUCGCUUAUGCGUCCGACCCAGCCAACAUCCGUCUCGACUAUGCCAGCUUUAACACUAAGUCCAUCGUGGUCCAAGAUGGAUCAUUGGGCUAUUCAAACAUGUUUGAUGCAAUCUUUGAUGCGUUCGUGUGGGCAAUGGAGAAGGAAGGCGUUAAAAAUUUACCAAUGGUGGUGUCCGAGACCGGAUGGCCAUCCGCGGGGAACGGGAACUUUACCACGCCGGCUAUUGCGUCCACCUACAACAGAAAUUUUGUGAAGCAUAUAGCAAGCGGAAAAGGGACGCCUAAAAGGCCUAACAAGAGCAUGAACGGGUUUUUGUUUGCAACGUUCAAUGAAAAUCAGAAGCCGGCCGGGACUGAACAAAACUUUGGUUUAUACAAUCCAAGUGAUAUGAAGCCUAUCUACAAGCUAUUCUAAGUGUGAAAGUUACUUAGACUUUCCCGAUUCACUAAUAAUAAUGCUCUACUAGUUGUUAGUGAAUUAAAGUAAGAUUAACAAUGAUGCACAUGCUAUAAGCAACUGGUGACUAUGAGAUGAUGGCUCUCGUAGCGAACUUAGUUGACUUUUUGUAAUAAAAUCUGAAUGUAGUAUUUAAAACCAAUUUCCUGGUUUUAUAAACGAAUGUACUGCCUCUUCAAUAAAGUAAGGAACCUUUGCCUACGGCAUCGAAUUUAAUUUGAAGUCACCAGUUGACAACGAAUGUACUGGUCUGGUUUGUGCCUCUCCACUUAAAGUAAGUUGACAAGCUAAGUGCUAAGUAUUCUCGUUGUUACUGUAUAAACUAUUCCUAAAUUAUAGUUUAGAGGUAAUGCUUAGAGCAUCAUAAUCCAUGGUUUCUUAAAAAGUUAAGAAAAUCUCUUAAAAUAUUAUAU